GGGCCCCAAUCCGGUUCCAUCCGGUUCUCCCACCGCCCCCGCGGCGGGUCGCAGCAGUCCGUGCGGCGGCGGCUCCGUGACAGGUUCGGCCUCGCACGCGCCUCCCAUCCAGCGCCGCCAAGAUGCCCAAGAGGAAGGUUAGCGCGGACGGAGCGGCGAAGGCGGAGCCCAAGCGCCGCUCCGCGAGGCUGUCGGCCAAGCCCGCCCCUGCCAAGGUGGACGCGAAGCCGAAAAAGGCCGCGGGAAAGGAUAAAUCAUCGGAUAAAAAAGUGCAAGCAAAAGGGAAGCGGGGAGCAAAGGGCAAACAAGCGGAAGUGGCCGACCAGCAAACCACGGAUCUGCCCGCAGAGAACGGAGAGACCGAAAACCAGAGUCCAGCCUCUGAAGGAGAAGAGAAAGAAGCCAAGUCCGACUAACCAUCCAUCCUGUCUGUCAAUGUCCCCGCCUCCCUUCUUGUACAAUCCAGAGGAAUAUUUUUAUCAACUAUUUUGUAAAUGCGAGUUUUUUAGUAGCUCUAGAAACAUUUUUAAAGGUGGGGAGAAAUCCUGCCUCAUCCCAUUUUUUAAGUGUAAAUGAUUUUUUUAAGAGGUUAAAUCACUUGCUGGUUGUUUAUUUUUUGGUACAACCAGAAAAUAGCAGGAUACUGAAUCAAGAGAGGCUGUGACUGUCUCGGGGGUCACCAUAACAUUCCGUAGAGGGGGCUAGUUUUAUAUCCUACAACACAAAGCAUAUACUAAGUGGUAUUUGGUGUCUUGGUCGUGCGUUUGUGUCUGGAAUAUUUCCGUUAUAUCCGGUGUCGUGUUUUGUAGAACUGUUGGCUAAAAACCCACUCCUCGGUCCUUGCCCUGUCAGGACUGUCUGCCCAUGGCAGUCCAUUUUCCUAACAAGUGUAACAAUGUGCUGUGAAACAUUGAACUUUAGAGUGUGUCCUGUGUGUGGCAUAAAAUGGUGAGUCAGUGGAGUUGAGGAUUGUGAGCAGUUUAUGUGAGGUCUUGGGGAAGACUCGCCAAGUUUGAGGAUGGAACAUCACUUGGAGUAAGUUCAAAGAGAAACAACACAUGGCUCUUUUGGGUACGUGAACACAAUGUAUGACUCCUCAGAGUUUGGGUACAUGUUUUAAGAAUUGAAAUGUCUGUGUACUUUACUCCUCAACCAAUAAAUUCUCCGUUGUG